CGCCCCGCUCCCUGGGCGGCCCCGCGGCAGGGAUCUCCCCCCCCGCCCCCAGCCUCCUGGGGACAGAGAGGAGCCUUUCCCCGGCCGGGGCUACUCCCAGAAGUGUGAUGUGGCUCUUCGGAAAGUGACAGCCGCAGGAGGAGCAGCAGCGCCGGCGGGCAGUUCCUCCCCCCAGCCCCGGCUCCCCGCUGCCUCCCAUGCCUGCGUGGCCCCACAGCGGGGCGGCGGCCCCGCGGGAGGAGCCGGGGGAGGCGCUGCUGUGAUGGCCCUGGACCAGAAGCGGGAGAAGAGCGCGUCCGUCACCCCCAUGAUGAUCGAGGAGGACGCCGCCCUGCGGAACGGCAGCAGGGGGCUCUCGGGCCAGUGGGCGGACGCGGUGGGGGUGAGACCCCGCACCACGGAGCGGCACAUCACGGUGCACAAGCGUCUGGUGCUGGGCUUCGCCAUCUCCAUCCUGGCGCUGCUGGUGGUGACCAUGAUCGCGGUGCUGCUCAGCGUGCGCUUCGAGGAGUGCAGCACGGCGGCGGCGGCCGCGGCAGACAGCCCGGGCCGGGCGAGCGGCAACGGGAGCCUCCCGGGGGCUGCCCGGCUCAACCACGACGCUGGGGAGCCUCCCGGCCGCCAAGAGGAGGCGCCGGGCGAGGAGGAGGAGGAGUGGCAGCGGCGACGGCAGCCGCCGCCCUGGACCCAGUUGCGCCUGCCCCGGCACCUGAGACCCCUGCACUAUAACCUGAUGCUCAGCGCCUUCAUGGAGAACUUCACCUUCUGCGGGGAGGUGAACGUGCAGAUCGAGUGCCUGAACGCCAGCCGCUACAUCGUGCUCCACGCCCACCGCGUGCACAUCCAGGCCGUCCAAGUAGCCGAGGACAAGCUCUCCGGCGCCGUGCGCGUCUCCAGCUUCUUCCUCUACCCGCAGAACCAAGUCUUCGUGGUGGUCCUCAACCGCAGCCUGGAGGCGCAGAGAAGUUACAACCUCAAGAUCAUCUACAGCGCCCUGAUCGAGAACGAGCUGCUGGGCUUCUUCCGCAGCUCCUAUGUGCUCCACGGGGAGAGAAGAUUCCUUGGUGUUACACAGUUUUCUCCUACUCAUGCCAGAAAAGCCUUUCCUUGCUUUGAUGAGCCCAUCUACAAGGCCACUUUCAAAAUCAGUAUCAAGCAUCAAGCAACCUAUUUAUCUUUGUCCAAUAUGCCAGUGGAAACUUCUGUUUUUGAAGAAGAUGGAUGGGUUACUGAUCACUUUUCGCAGACCCCUCUCAUGUCCACGUAUUACCUGGCCUGGGCAGUAUGCAACUUUACAUACCGGGAGACUACCACUAAGAAUGGGGUUGUAGUGCGAUUGUAUGCAAGACCUGAUGCAAUCAGAAGAGGAGCUGGGGACUAUGCUCUAAAUAUUACAAGGAGACUCAUUGAGUUUUAUGAAGACUACUUUAAAGUGCCCUAUUCCCUACCAAAAUUAGAUCUAUUAGCUGUGCCUAAGCAUCCAUAUGCUGCUAUGGAGAACUGGGGACUAAGUGUUUUUGUGGAGCAAAGAAUACUGCUGGAUCCAAGCAUUUCUUCUAUAUCCUACUUACUGGAUGUCACCAUGGUUAUUGUACAUGAACUAUGCCACCAGUGGUUUGGUGACCUUGUGACUCCAGUAUGGUGGGAAGAUGUAUGGCUAAAAGAAGGUUUUGCUCACUAUUUUGAAUUUGUUGGGACAGACUACCUCUACCCAGGCUGGAAUAUGGAAAAGCAGAGAUUUCUGACAGAUGUCCUACAUGAAGUAAUGCUGCUCGACGGCUUGGCCAGUUCACAUCCAGUUUCACAGGAGGUGCAGCGAGCCACAGACAUUGACAGGGUGUUCGACUGGAUCGCCUAUAAAAAGGGUGCAGCUUUAAUUCGAAUGUUGGCUAGUUUUAUGGGUCACUCCGUAUUUCAGAUGGGCUUGCAAGACUAUUUGACAAUUCACAAGUAUGGCAAUGCAGCCAGAAAUGAUCUCUGGAAUACCCUGUCAGAGGCUCUAAAAAAGGUUGGAAAAUUUGUAAAUAUCCAAGAGGUAAUGGAUCAAUGGACACUACAGAUGGGUUACCCCAUUAUCACCGUCAUGAGGAAUGAAACUGCAGACAAUAUUGUAUUAAUCUCCCAAGAACACUUUAUUUAUGACAUUGAUGCUAAAACCACGGAUCCUGACCUAGGAAACAACAGCUACUUGUGGCAGAUUCCACUAACAAUUGCAGUAGGAAAUACGAGCCACAUCUCUUCAGAGGCAAUUAUAUGGGUGUCUAACAAAUCAGAACAUCACAGAAUUGCUGCUUUAGACGAGACAAGCUGGUUGCUGGGGAACAUCAAUCAAACUGGCUAUUUUCGGGUUAACUAUGACGUCAGGAAUUGGAGGUUGUUAAUUGACCAACUAAUGAGGAACCAUGAGGUUAUCUCUGUCAGUAAUCGAGCAGGUUUGAUCGAUGAUGCAUUCAAUCUAGCCAGAGCUGGCUAUUUGCCUCAGAAUAUUCCUCUGGAGAUUAUCAGAUACCUUUCCGAGGAGAAGGAUUUUCUGCCUUGGCAUGCUGCCAGCCGAGCUCUUUAUCCUCUAGAUAAAUUGCUGGACCGCACUGAAAACUACAACAUUUUCAAUGAAUAUAUUUUAAAACAAGUUGCAACGAUGUACCUCAAACUUGGAUGGCCAACAAAUAAUUUAAACAGAUCACUUGUUCAAGCUGCCUACCAACAUGAAGAAUUGCGUCGAGAAGUCAUCAUGUUGGCCUGCAGCUUUGGUAAUAAACACUGUCACCAACAGGCUGCAACGUUAAUCUCAGAUUGGAUUUCCAGCAAUAGAAACCGAAUCCCACUAAACGUCAGAGAUGUCGUUUACUGUACAGGAGUUUCACUAAUGGAUGAAGAUGUAUGGGAGUUCAUUUGGAUGAAAUUCCAUUCUACCACAGCAGUAUCUGAGAAGAAAAUAUUGUUAGAAGCCUUAACUUGCAGUGAUGAUAGAAACUUGUUAAACAGGCUUCUGAACCUGUCUCUCAAUUCAGAAAUUGUCCUGGAUCAAGAUGCAAUUGAUGUCAUAAUCCACGUAGCUCGAAAUCCACAUGGCAGGGAUCUUGCUUGGAAGUUUUUCAGAGAAAAAUGGAAAAUACUAAAUGCCAGAUACGGAGAAGCAUUAUUUAUGAAUUCCAAACUUAUCAGUGGAGUCACAGAAUUCCUUAAUACUGAAGAAGAACUAAAUGAGCUGAAGAAUUUUAUAAAAAGCUACAAAGAAGGAGCUGCCUCCUCUUUCUCUCGAGCUGUGGAAACAGUGGAAGCCAAUGUACGGUGGCAAAUGCUUUAUAAAGAAGAACUAUUCCAGUGGCUAAGAAAAUCCCUGACACACUAAUCUCUGUUUCUAACUAACCAUUUAAUGGGAAGUUUUGCAAGAGGAGGUGCAAUAUGUGAAAAUCUAAGAGCGUUUGACAUUGAAAUGGUGAAGACAAGAUCAGAAUUGCAGGGAGUUUUCUUUCACUGGGCUCUUAUUAAAACUGUAAAGGAACUCUUGCAAGAAGAGACGGUCAUGAAUGCUUGUGAAAUCCAGUGCUCAGUGUACAUGACCAAACAUGAUAUUAAGUGGUGCAUGUAAAUGUUACCGUCAGUUUGAAAAAACUUCAAAAAGUAUUUUGUGCAUGGUUGUAUGGUCCCUGCCUGUAUUCCAGCAUGCUUACUUAUAAUGACCAAGUUUUGUAUGUGAAUUCCUGUUACAUCAAAGAUGGGCAUUAUGCAAAAGCACAAAGACUAUCUAUGACAAUCAGUGUUGCAAUGAACAGAAGGAAUGGAAAAAAGGAGAGGGAAGUGUGUAGGGUUCCAAACACAGGGGCGGCAUAAGAUGUAAAGUCAACCUUACAUGAUAGAUGCCAAUCAUUUCAGCACUCAGAUUGUCUCUUCAUGAUUAUAGAGAAGCCAACUCAUUUUUGAGUUGCCGGUUGUUAUAUAUGCAGUCUCCCCAUUUCCAUAUUUAAAUAACGUGUACAUACAUUGAGAGAUACCACUCACCUAGUACACUGUAAUUUCAUAAGCUAAUUAUAUUCACUGCUGAUCAGUGGAAAAAAAACAUUUUAAAGCUCUAAUCGUGAACAUAUACAAUGUUUAUGAGGAGAACUUCGCAUAGCUGCUUGGACAGAAUCCAUAAACCACCUCCUCUGAAUGAUUUUAUGAGACAGUGGUAUUCAGGAUAUGUUACUCAACCUGUGUAGUAAUUACACAGCUGCUAAUGCACAACUAUCAUAAAUGCUCAUCAAACUCAAAUGGAUAUGGGCAAAAGAGGAAAAUAACCUGGAUCCAUGAACACAAAAUUAACCAGUAAAGCUAUCUUGCACAUGAAAGGCCAGCCUCUGUGAUGAUGUAAUACACAAAUAACCUAAAUAUUCCAUGUUUGUGUCAGCAUUUGAGUGAUAUUUUUCACUCAAAUAUGCUCCUAUCAUUUUUGCCAACUCUUUUUUUAACGUUAAAUACAGAUAUAUAUUUGUAGUGGCUACUGUUAAGAAAACUCUUCUACUUCUGUUUCCCUUUUCCUGUGAUUCACAUAAAGUAUUCCAGAAUUCUAAACAUGAAUAUGGGGUUUUUUUCCUCCCAAUCCUACAAUAUACUGAAUUUGCUAGUGGUUAAUGACAUUCUAUACCAUUGGUGGCAUCUAUUGGGAAUGAAAACUGAUGUUCUCAUCUUAGGCCCAAAAAUUCUCCCAUGCUGUGCAGUCUGGAGAAGAGCAGAACCGCAGAAAGAUCACAGGAUGUGGGUGGUGGUAGUUCAGAGAUGGGGAUAGAUAGGCACUAGCAUUUCUGCCCCCCGCCAUUUAACUAUUUCUGGCCCUUUUGCAACAUGAGAGGUCAGCUCUGUAUAGCUGGGGGAAUGUGGCCACCCAAAGUCAGGAACAUUUUACACAACAGUUCAACUCACAAAAUGCAUCAUAGUAGUAGUAACUCAUCCUCAACAAGUUUUUCACAGAUGGGUCACAAGUGGGCACUGCACAAGGAACCAGCCAAUAUCAGCAUAGUGAACUGGCACACUGGAGUCCUUACAGUGGUGUAAGGGGAGAAGAGAAUCUCUAAUAUAGCCUCUUGUUCCUAUGGAACUCUGUUCCUCAAGAACUGAUAGCCACAUCCCCUGAGUAGAGCCACAUCCUGCUCUACUACUAACCGUACAAAAAUGAGUUAAUGUAGCAGAACAGCACCAGCCCAGGAGCUACAGAUUUCUACCUUCUCCUUCUGUGUCUAAUGUGACCUUACAAAAGAAGAGGGAGUCCUCUGCUCCUGCUAAGCCCCAUACAUUUUGUGUUGCAGUGUAAACGAGCUUCUGCUUUCCUCCCAGAGACAUUUUCAUGUCUGAAGAGUGAAGUACUCCUUAUAUAUCUUUUACCUACCUCACAGGGAUGUUGUGAGGCUUACCUAAUGUAAGUCUAGCACUUCAGUAUCCUCUGAUGGAAGGCACUUAACAGUGCAAAGAGUUGUUAUGUGGUUGGCCAGACUUUGCCUCAACACCAGUAUGUAGCUGCACUUUUAAAUUUUGGUGACAAAAUACCAUGUAGAUCUGUCAUAUCAAACCAAAGCCAGAAUAUGCUUACCAGAGCCCUUGGCAAGUCCCUUCAAACCUUUACUGGUCAAAGAGACUACAGGAAGCUAAAUGCUUAAACAUAAAUGGGCUUGGAAAUUUCAGUAAAAAGGUGUCCUUUUCCUGUUGUGCACAAUGGCCUGAAUAUCUCAGAUUGCAUUCUGCUGUCUCAUUGUUCACUUGGUUGUCACUACAGUUUGAACUUGGGACAUUUGGGACAUAUGUAGACGUUUCUGACCUUUCCAAUAAUAAUGGGCUAAUAUAAAGAGCAGACUGACACAUUACAAAGUAGUGAUUUGCUUUUAGUCACGUGAAUUCCAGAGUGCAGAGCAGUUUUCAUUAUUGCUUCUUUUAGAAAUAGAAUUCUGAUGGUUUUUAGUCUUUUCUAGUAAGUUACGCUAAUGCUGGGUGCAAGUCUAAUACUUUAGUUGCUGUAUUUAAUAUUUUAGUGGUAUUGAGAGACUGGUCUACCACAAAUAUCAAACCCUAGCUAUUUGUACUGUGCAUACCGAUUGUUGUAUUGCAUAUAAUUAUUGUAUUAUAGUGAUGUCAUAUUACUGCUAGAGUUAAGGUCGAGUUGGCCCUUUCCAUUAUAAAUCCCUAAUGUUUAUUUUUUUAAUAGUUUGUAUUUUGCUGUUUUGCAUUGAAUCAGGCUUAAAUUUAAAUGGCUUAAAUCAAAUAAAACUAUAGCUGUUUUCUACAGUACUCAGAAACCCUGCAUUUAGGUAUGUCUUCAGAUUCUUUUCUUUAUAAGUUCCAGACAGUGAUGUAUUAAAGAGCAGCUGAUACCUCAUGGAAAGCCUUAUAAACAUUCUUCUUAGGAAAAAAAAACAACUGUUUAUCUCAUUAAUUUUUCUCCUUUGUUCCCCUAUCCAGAACUAGAGAUGGGCCUGAGCUCCAAAAUUUGGAUUGUGAUCCAGAUUUUGAACAUUCUAAACAUCAAUGCACAUUUUUUUGUUUGUUUCAUUCAAACGCAGGUUUUUUUGUUUGGUCCAUUGUAGCAAGAAGGAAUAAACUGCAAAAUUUGGAAAUAUAAUGCAGUUUGGAUGCUGAACUCCCAGACAGCACCAGGAGUGUUUUGAUGUUGCAGGUUUCAUUUAGGCCCACCUCUACCCUUAACAUUUGUAUGAACUCAGAAUCACUUUCUUUAUUCCUCUUCUAUAGCCAGUGUUUAUCCCUUACUGGAUAAUGUAGGGCAAAAUCAACAGUAGACACAAAUAGGUGCAACUCCAUGAUAAUACAAUAAUUUAUUGUAUUUGUAUAAUAUCCCCAGGCAGAAAAUCUGAUAGUUCCUUGAUGCCAGUAGAGUUACCGCAACUUAUAUCAGUAGUGAAUUUGACCCAUAAUAGUUGGUGGUAUCAUAACCAUUAACAUAGCUGCUAAUGAUGACUAGACUAGAAUGAUAUGAAUAUUUUCUUCUUAAACCACGUUUUACGUAUGUUGUUGUUGGACGUAUAUGAGCGUUAGAGUUGCAUGAUUUUCACGCAGAACUAUAAUAUUUCAUUAACUAGGGCUAGGUACACCUGAAACCUUGUGAUCCUUUCAGUGCCACAAUGUGAAUUCUCAUCCUAUAAUGGAAGUUGAAGGUGGAUUUUGUGUAGUUUUGCGGUUGUAUUUCACACAGUUCUAGAUGUCACACAGAAUUGUGACCUCUAUUGGUGCCAAUAAACUCUUUCACAACAAAGAUCCCGAUUCAUACAAUUAACUCUUUAGUAAUAAAGAAUAAAAGAAAUAACUAACUAACUAAUUAUAUAUAUAUAUAUAUAUAUAUAUAUAUAUAUAUAUAUAUAUAUAUACACACUAAAUCUAUUAUAUACAUGAGUCCUACAAACAAGUUUCCCAUAAGGUGUCAGCAGCUCUAAUUAUUUUUCCUAGACUAUUGCAGGUAGGAAGAGCAGCAUUUUCAAACAUGGGUGCCAAUAUUUU